AUGCGGGAUAGAGCUCAUAUACCAUUGCUGGCGAGGUCCGUCAAGGACAGAGUUACAUUAUACCCGGGCGGAGCUUACCCUUGGGCUGCUCGUAGCUGGUUGAAGAAUUUGGAAAGUACUUUCGGGUACAUGAGCUGUACAGAUGAAGAGAAAGUGGAAUUGGCUGUGUAUCACCUCCGAGAUCAGGUGGUCACAUGGUGGGACAUGCAGAAGACGAUCUUCGAGGAGCAGUACAUCACAUGGUCGAUGUUCCGAGAUGCUUUUGAGUGGCAGUAUUUUCCAGCUACAUUCUGUCUAGCUCGACGUCAGGAAUUUCUGAAUCUCAAACAGGACGAUCGGAUGUCUGGAUUUCCGGGUAGCUCCUACCGAGAGGUUUUGGAUCGUGCACUGUUUAUCGAGAUGACGCAGCAGCAGGUGUCUCUAGAGAAAGGUAAUGAAAAACAACUAUCUCAGAAGAGGGGAAAUAGGAGCCAGGUUUCUCGGGCUCCUUCCGGAGGAUCUUCUCGACCUCAAAAGACGGGGCAAACGACGGAUGGAGGUCAUGAGAGUCAGAAUUGUAACCUGAAAGCACAGUUGGAGACUCUUAAAGUCACAUCUCAGGGGGAACAACCCUCACAGUCAUGA